GUCCAUCAAGGGCCCGCCUCCGCAAUUGAGCCAACCAGGGCUGGCGGGAGGGCGCUUCCUUCUGGAGCUGGGUCCCGACUAAGGACUGCCUGGAUGAGGUGAGGACCUGGUGGCCGCAGUUGUGGCACUGUGCGCAGGCGCGGAACUGACCGGACCGAGCAGGCGGCUGUGGCCUCGCCAGCUGGUGAAAAGUGGGCGAGCAUCCGAGGUUUAAAAAUAUCCUUUUUUUGCUGAAGGAACACAUUUGCUGGUAUAGUUUCAGAAUGUCAAGUACUGUGUCCUACUGGAUCUUAAAUUCUACAAGGAACAGCAUUGCCACACUGCAAGGGGGCAGACGCUUAUACUCCAGGUAUGUCUCAAAUAGGAAUAAAUUAAAAUGGAGGCUCUUUUCCCGGGUGCCACCCACCCUAAACAGUUCCCCAUGUGGUGGCUUCACUCUGAUCAAAGCCUACAGACACACAUCAACAGAGGAAGAUGAUUUUCACUUGCAACUCAGCCCUGAGCAGAUAAACGAAGUGCUUCGAGCUGGCGAAUCAGCCCACAAGAUUCUUGACCUUGAAAGCAGAGUUCCAAAUUCAGUGUUGCGGUUUGAGAGCAACCAGCUGGCUGCCAAUUCACCAGUGGAGGACCGGCGAGGUGUAGCCUCCUGCCUGCAAACCAAUGGACUGAUGUUUGGCAUCUUCGAUGGACAUGGCGGUCAUGCAUGUGCCCAAGCAGUGAGUGAGAGGCUCUUCUACUAUGUGGCAGUGUCCCUGAUGUCCCACCAGACCCUGGAGCACAUGGAGGGAGCUAUGGAAAGCAUGAAACCCUUGCUGCCCAUCCUGCAUUGGCUCAAGCACCCAGGGGACAGUAUCUACAAGGAUGUCACAUCCGUGCAUCUUGACCACCUCCGUGUCUAUUGGCAGGAACUGCUUGACUUGCAUAUGGAAAUGGGACUAAGCAUUGAAGAAGCAUUAAUGUACUCCUUCCAGAGACUGGAUUCUGACAUCUCGCUGGAAAUUCAGGCCCCUCUGGAAGAUGAGGUGACAAGGAACCUGUCACUCCAGGUUGCUUUCUCUGGGGCAACAGCUUGCAUGGCCCAUGUUGAUGGAAUUCACUUGCACGUGGCAAAUGCUGGUGACUGCCGAGCCAUCCUUGGUGUCCAGGAGGACAAUGGCAUGUGGUCUUGUCUGCCCCUUACCUGUGACCACAAUGCCUGGAACCAGGCCGAGCUGUCCCGGCUAAAGAGGGAGCACCCUGAGUCAGAGGACAGGACAAUCAUCAUGGAGGACAGGCUGCUGGGCGUCCUCAUCCCCUGCAGGGCCUUUGGGGAUGUUCAGCUGAAGUGGAGCAAAGAGUUGCAGCGCAGCGUUCUGGAGAGGGGCUUCAAUACUGAGGCCCUCAACAUUUACCAGUUCACACCCCCACACUACUACACUCCACCCUACCUGACUGCUGAGCCUGAGGUCACAUACCACAGGCUGAGGCCCCAGGAUAAGUUCCUUGUGCUGGCCUCAGAUGGCCUGUGGGACAUGCUGAGCAAUGAGGACGUGGUAAGGCUGGUAGUGGGGCACCUGACUGAGGCAGAUCAGCACAAGACAGACCUGGCCCAGAGACCCGCCAACUUGGGGCUCAUGCAGAGCCUGCUGCUGCAGAGGAAAGCCAGCGGGCUCCACGAGGCUGACCAAAAUGCAGCCACGCGGCUGAUCAGACAUGCAAUCGGGAACAAUGAAUACGGGGAGAUGGAGGCAGAGCGGCUGGCGGCGAUGCUGACAUUGCCAGAGGACUUGGCGAGGAUGUACAGGGAUGAUAUCACUGUCACUGUGGUAUAUUUUAACUCAGAAUCAAUCGGUGCAUAUUACAAGGGGGGUUAAGAAUCUCCCAUCCUAUUGUCAAGGUUAACAUAAAUGCUCUUCUAAAACGUUUCACUUACUCUUAAACUAGCUGUCCAAACCUUACUAUUAAAAGCGCAGGCAGGUUUAAUUUGCUAAAUAGACUAACAGGAGGAAAGAAACAAACAGCCUAGCUUUAAAAAACAGUGAAAUAGCAGUGAUUUCAUGUCCAUGUAUGUCUGAUCAAGUCUUAUAUGCAGAGAGGACAGAGCAUAAAGUCUAUAGAAUUGGCUUGGGCUCAUGUAACCCAAGUCGUUUGAUAAAGAUGUGAAACUGUGUCAGCCUUGAGCCUUCUAAGGGUAAAUUUAAUCAUGAUUCUGAGACUAAAGAACUUCAGGAUCUUGUGAGGUCUUGCCACAAAAAUCUGCAAAAUUGAUAAUUCUCCUGAAUUCACAAUCAUGGACUUCUAGACUAUGAAGAGAUAUUUUAUUUGUUUGUCUUUUAUUUAAAUUACUAAGGCCUAGGUUUACAAAGCACACUACAGGACACUUUUCUAUGCAAUAUGCUAACUUUUUUGUGUGUGAUUACGCUUGUGAGAAAUUUUGUAAUACUAUAUUCUAGUUCUGUUUUCAUUUAUUUUAAAACUGAAUCCUUAAGCUUGCAAA